AUGGAGCUUGUUGGGCCAAUCUUUGAAAUGGCAAAGUGCAUGGGAAAUAUACCGUGUAUAUACAUCGAUCAUCAUAGAAAACUUGAAGAAAGGAUGAAUAAUCUUCAAAGCACACUAGAUAUUCUAAAUAUUCGGAAGAGUGAUGUAGAUUUAAGAAUAAAAGUGGAGCUUCAAUGGGGAAAAGUAGUAAAGGAAGAAGUGGAGAAAUGGCUUCAAGAUGUUGAAAAGAUCAAUGAUGAAGUACAAAUUGUUCGACAAAAAAUACAAGUUUGCCCUUAUUUUUCCCGUGCAACCCUCUCCAAACAUGUAGCCCAAAAAAUUAAAGAAGUGGAGAAAAUUAAUGAAAGAGGAAGUUAUCCUGAACCUCUGGUAAUUGAUAGACCUUUAACCUCUGGAGUGAGGUUGCAAAUAGGGCAUUUGGAAGGUGAAAUUAGUAUCAAAGAAAAAAUUUGGGGACACUUGAUGGGAGAUGUAGUUGGAAUGAUUGGUAUUUGUGGGAUGGGAGGUAUAGGAAAAACGGCCAUCAUGAAGCACAUCAACAAUCAAUUAUUGAAGGUGCCUAGGUUUGAUAAGGUAAUUUGGGUCACCGUAUCAAAGGAACUCAAUAUUGUUAAAUUACAAAGGGAUAUUGCAAGUGCCAUGAAUGAACAGCUUCCGGAACAUGAACUAGAACGAGUAGAAGCAUUAAUGGAGAUUUUGGAAGAAAAGAGAUAUGUCUUGAUCUUAGAUGAUGUUUGGGUUCGAUUUUCUCUCAUGGAGGUGGGAAUUCCUGAACCAUCAUUCCAAAAUGGAAGCAAAUUGGUGCUAACUAGUAGAUCGAUCGAAGUUUGUACUUCUAUGGGUUGUGAAGUUGUCAAAGUGCAACCACUUUCGAAAGUGGAGUCUAGAAAUUUGUUCUUAAAGAAUGUUGGACAUGGCGUUUUGAAUAUUCCAACUUUAGAACCUAUUUUGAAUUGCAUUAUUGACGAGUGUGCAGGAUUGCCUCUUGCCAUUGUCACCAUUGCUGGAAGUAUGAAAGGAGUUUAUGAUGCUCGUGAAUGGAGGAACGCACUGGAAGAAUUACGUCAACGUGUAAGAAGUGUGAAGGGUACAAAUAUUGAGAUAUUUGAGCAGUUAAAAUUUAGUUAUGAUCGUUUGAAAGAUUCGAAGAUACAAAAUUGUUUCUUGUAUUGCUCAUUGUAUCCUGAAGAUUGGGAAAUUCCAAGAAAUGAGUUAAUAAAGUAUUGGAUUGAUGAAGGACUCAUCCAUGAAUUUGGAAGUAGACAAGUGAUGUGUGAUAGGGGUCAUGCUAUUUUAAACAGUUUGGAAAACAAUUGCUUGUUAGAAAGGGUCGUUAAUGGAGAAAGGGUAAAGAUGCAUGAUGUUUUGAGAGACAUGGCAUUGUAUAUCAAAAGUACUGUUGGUUCUCGCUUUAUGGUAAAAGCCGGCAUGCAACUAAGGGAGUUACCAAGUGAGCAAGAAUGGACAGAUGAUCUAGAGAAGAUUUCCCUGAUGCAUAAUUUCAUAUCAGAAAUUCCUACCAGCAUGUCACCGAAAUGUCCAAUCGUCUCAACCUUAUUUUUACAAUCGAAUCAGUCGUUGAAGGAGAUUCCAGGAUCUUUCUUUGAGCACAUGCAUGGUCUCAAUAUUCUUGAUCUUUCUUUUACAGGUAUCAUGGAUCUACCCAACUCUAUCUCCAACUUGAAAAAUCUCACGGCAUUGUUGCUUCAAGGAUGUGAGAAUUUAAGAUAUUUGCCUUCAUUGGCAAAGCUCGUGGCUCUAAAAAAGUUGGACCUUCGAGACACAAGCAUCGAAGAAAUCCCUCAAGGCAUUGAUAAGUUAGUAAAUCUUACCUAUCUUGAUGUAUACUUGAAGAGUCUAGAGGAGUUACCAACGGGAAUCCUACCAAAACUCUCUCGUCUUCAAUACUUGGUGGUAGAUUGGGAAUCAACUACAUUGAAACUAAAAGGUGAGGAGGCUGGUGGAUUAAAGAAGCUAGAGACAAUUUGUGGCAGAUUUCAAGAGCUGCAAGAGUUUAAUACAUAUAUGAAAUCUACACAAGGAAAAAGGCUUACUUCUUAUGUGUUAGCCGUGGGACAGCCUCAAGGAUACUUUUGGUUGAAAUCUAACUUUGUGAAAGAUGUGAUUUUGAGUGAAUGCGAGGUAGGAGGAGAAGCUCCGAUUUUGCUCCCAAACGAUCUUCGGUGUAUGAAGAUUUGCGAGUGCCACAAUAUGAAAAGCUUAAGUGAUAUUUCUUUCUUCCAUAGAAAUGAAACUGAGUUGAGGGAAUGUGAAGUUAUGGAUUGUAAGGGGAUAGCAUGUGUGCUUGAUUUGUUAUCAUCUCCAUUGCCUUGCAGCCCACUUCAAAACCUGGAGAAGCUACUCCUUUCCGGACUCGACAAGUUGUUCACACUGGUGAAAGCACAAGAAGUAGCGACUGUGUCUACUUUGUAUGCACCAACUUCACCUGGCAUCUUUUCUCGUCUUAAAUCAUUUAACAUCCAUAAAUGUUCAAAAAUAAAGAAGUUGUUUUCGAUUGACUUGCUUCGGGACCUUCAAAACCUUGAGAGGAUUGAAGUUAAAUCAUGUGGGCUUUUGGAGGAAAUAAUAGCAUCAGAAGAAGAGGAAAAAAGAAGUACUGAUCAUGCCACUAUGACAUUUUGCCUUCCAAAAUUAAGGGAACUUGCAUUGCAACAGUUACCAAGAUUGAAGAUGAUAUGUAGUAAGCAUGGAGUAAUGAUUUGCGAUUCCCUCAGUCGAAUAGAAGUGAUUAAAUGCCCGAAAUUGAAGAGGAUCCCUCUGUAUAUUCCUCUUCAUGACAAUGGCCAACCAUCUCCUCCUCCUUCUCUUAAAGAAAUAAGAAUAUACCCUAAAGAAUGGUUGGAAUCCAUUGAGUGGGAUCAUCCAAAUGCUAAAAAUGUUCUUCUUGCCUUGAUGAAGUAUCGGGAGAAGCACAGUUGGCAAGCUAUUCGAUCAGACAUCUGA